GGAGAGAGGGUGGGAGGGAGGAAGAGUGAGCUAGCAGCUGAGAGAGCCGGAGCAGGAAACAGGAGACAGCGUGCGCCCGCUCCUAAUAAAGCUAUGGGUCAUUGGGCCUCUCUGUGAUACUCAGCCGGCACAGACCGUCAUUUCGGGCCGCCCCUCGAGCUCGACCGCAGCUGAACCCACCGCGGAGCCAGCCAGCGCCGCCCCUGCCCCUGCAGCAACAAGGGGACCGGUCUCCCAGUUCCAAAAAGAGAGGUUGGCAGAAAGAGACAAAUCCUUCCUGCGGAUCCCACAAGAUGCCCCGGGUAGAUGCAGACCUCAAACUGGACUUUAAAGAUGUCUUGCUCAGACCUAAACGAAGCAGCCUCAAAAGCCGAUCCGAGGUAGAUCUUAAAUGCAGCUUCUCAUUUCGCAACUCCAAGCAAACCUACUCAGGGAUCCCUAUCAUUGUGUCCAACAUGGAUACAGUUGGUACAUUUGAAAUGGCAGUCGUGAUGACUAAGCAUGCCAUGUUCACAGCAAUCCAUAAGCACUACACCCUGGAGGACUGGAAGCUGUUUGCCACAAAUCACCCAGAUUGCCUGGAGCAUGUAGCUGUGAGCUCAGGAAGUGGGCAGAAUGACCUGGACAGGAUGAGCAGUAUCCUGGAGGCCGUGCCACAGAUCAAAUAUAUCUGUCUGGAUGUGGCCAAUGGCUAUUCGGAGCACUUUGUGGAAUUCGUGAAACUCGUCCGAGCCAAAUUCCCAGAGCACACCAUUAUGGCAGGUAAUGUGGUGACGGGAGAGAUGGUAGAGGAGCUUAUUCUUUCUGGAGCAGACAUCAUCAAAGUGGGAAUUGGACCAGGCUCUGUGUGUACCACUCGGACCAAGACAGGUGUGGGUUACCCCCAGCUGAGUGCUGUCAUUGAGUGUGCUGACUCUGCCCACGGCCUCAAGGGACACAUUAUCUCUGACGGAGGCUGUACUUGUCCAGGAGAUGUCGCCAAAGCUUUUGGAGCUGGUGCUGACUUUGUUAUGCUAGGAGGGAUGUUCUCUGGUCACACAGAAUGUGCAGGGGAGGUGAUUGAGAGGAAUGGUCAAAAGGUGAAGCUCUUCUAUGGAAUGAGUUCUGAAACAGCAAUGAAGAAACACUCAGGGCGAGUUGCUGAAUACAGGGCGACAGAGGGCAAGACUGUGGAAGUGCCUUUCAAAGGAGAUGUGAAACACACUAUCCAGGAUAUCCUGGGGGGUCUGAGGUCCACCUGCACUUAUGUUGGUGCUGCCAAACUCAGAGAGCUCAGUCGGAGGACAACCUUCAUCCGGGUGACCCAGCAGCACACCUCAAGUCUUUAGCUAACCUGGGGGACCAAAAAUCCAUUCAACUAGAGUGGAAGUUUUGGCAUGCACUCGCUUUGCCCACAAUCUCCCUUCUUGUCUUGUGUAAGAACUUCCUGUCUCCUCCUGAUGGAAGAUGUUUCCUCUUCUCUUUCAUCAUCCUCCGACCAGCAGGAGGGCCUCUGAAGCCCAUAAGUAGCAUCUCCUGCAGGCAUGUAGCAGGGGAUGGACUUACUAGUCAGGCCCAGUCCUGUAAUGUAGAGUGUUUGUUGCCCUCAAAAAAACACUCUCAUUAUUGAAAACCUCGUGAGACCCUUCCUUUUUUUUUUUUUUAAGAAAAUAGUUUUCACUUUUAAUAUAAUUCUGUCUUCAUAAUCUAUGGCUGGAGUCUCCUCUUAAUUGGAGUCAAGCCCUGUGGUCACAGUUUGGGGACUUUAUCUGUCUUUCACCUAGAUGUGCUGUCAAACUAGUAUUGGCUAGCAUCAACAGCCAGACAGUGCUUCCACAGUGGUGGCUACUGCCCAGCAGUGGCUGGAUGGCUCCCCAGGAAGGAAAAGAAGAUCCCAGCAAAGCCAGAUGGGUAGAGUAGAGACCUCGGUGCCUGAGAAAAUACCACGGGAAGAUUAUAGAUAUAAGAACACGAAGCAUAGUCUUUCCAAGUGAGUUAUGGGAUACUUAUGAGUUUGGCCCCUUGUCUUUGCUCUAUGGAGGCCAGAAGUUCAUCACACGUGCCUUCUAGGGAUAUCAUACCUACAUAUUCAUUGAGCCCUUUUCUUGGGGAAGGCUGAGCUUGUGUUGGCUUUCCUUCCUUGGACUCUUCUCCUUUCUCCCCUCACCCUACCUUUUUAUCUAUUAAAAAAUAUGGAUUAGG